GACAUUUAUCUAGGUAGCCAUUGUCAAAAGAAAAUAUAACGUUAGCCAACAAAAUUGUGCAACCCAGCUAGAAAUCACAUGUUUUAAUUAGCUGCCUCUUUAUUAUUAUUAUUUUUUUUUAAGAAUACCUCACCAAAUUGAGUAGUAAUCACAACUUUUUGCACCGCUUUUCUGAUUUAAUAGGCUAGGUACUUACAGAUAACUAGCUAGGUACCAUUUCGACCCCGUGUGGACGUCGGCAGCGCUGGAUGUUUUUCAGCCAAGACGGGAGCUGUUUGUUAUCGGCGUGAGGUUCAUGUUAGGAGAUGGGGGACCUUUAUGACCCAGAGCACCCGAAAGAGUGUGACAUCACGUUGGAGAGCUCACUGCUCUGAACUGGUUUAUUCUUGGCCAGCAGCUUCUACUGGGCUACAAACGCCAGAACCACUGUGUAAUGGAUGCUCUGGUGAACUCAGAGAUCAGGGAAGAGGGAGGCGAUACCUCGGUCAAGGUUGAAGGUCUCACCAAGGCAGCUUUACUCAAAGGGCUCUCUCCUCGAGUGAUGUUGUCCAGCCAUCUCCUGCCUAAAGGAACCAAGAGGAAGGUGAACCUGGAUGAUCAGGGUCGCCAGAAAGUGUCUUUCAGCUUCUCUCUGACAAAGAAACCGCUGCAGAACUUAUUCCUUGCCCCUCCCAGUCAGGAAAAAUCUCUUGCUGAACUCCCCUCUGUCCUGUCACCUACAACCUCACUCCCUCAGGACAGAGCAGGGCAGCAUACGGAAAGCCCAAAUGAGCAAAUGCAGCCACCAUUGUUGGUGCCCACACCAGUAGCAGAGAUCCUUGCACCUCAGACGGCAGUCUCCUCCGUCCCCAAACCUAAAGUGGACUUGGGAAAGAUGCACUUCAAGAAACAGAUCCUCAGUGCAUCUGUUAUUGAAGAGAGUCCCAUAACCAGUGUUGUCUUACAGGAUCCACCCCCUUCCGAGCAACAGGUUUUAACGGAAUCUUCAGGUAAAAUUGAAACUGUCACCCCAACACGAACGCCCCAGUCUCAGAACAAUCUUCAGAACAUGGACAAUGACGGCCCCUCUGAGAAUGCUCUAACUCGUGUAUCUGAUGUGAAGCUGGACCUCAGUCUCAAGGAACCCACUGACUCCUCCCACAAAGGGAAAGUGGAUGUAAACACUUCCAGUAUAACAGAGCAGCAAGACACCUCAGAAAACAUACAAAUCCGUUCCAGGUCGGACAGCACACUCCCUGGCUCAGAAUCUGAUGCUGAUUCAGUGCAGACGUCUUCUAGCUACAAGUCAGGUGAACCCAAGGCCACAGCAAAGUUGGAGAGUAGAAGUAACGAUACAAAAAAUAUGUCGUCUUCUCGCUCCAAAUUAGAGGAAACAGAAAGAAGUUCUAACCAUUCACGUUCUGAGAAGGACGAAAGAACCUCGAGUUACUCAAAAUCUGACCGAGAAUUAAGGUCAACCGCUGACCGAGAAUUAAGGUCAACCGCUGACCGAGAAUUAAGGUCAACCGCUGACCGAGAAUUAAGGUCAACCGCUGACCGAGAAUCAAAGCACACACCCUCGCGGUCAUCCCGCUCUGAUAAAGGCCGCAGAAGGACUAAGAGUCGGUCGAGGUCCAGAUCAAGAGGGCCCCGGACGAGUUCCAGAUCUGAGACACGCUCCAGAUCUGAGAGAUCUAGAAGCGAGAGAGGGUCAGGAUCACGGUCUGAUCGGUCAUAUUACGACUCUGAGCGGAGGUCAGGGGGUCACAGAAGUUCUCCGUACAGAGAGAGAAGAGGCAGCUCUCGCUCUCGGACCGAUAGCAGCAGAGUCCGCGGCGACAGCUCUGACUCUGAAGAUGACCACAGAAGAACUCGGACUCGAACAAGUGAUUCCAGCAGGUCAUCCACCCAUUCUAGCUUGCAGAGAGAUUCAAAGUCACACUUAUCUCACUCGAAAUCUGAGCGAGACUCGAAAUCUGAACGAGAUUCAGAGAUGGAUAAAAUAACACAAUCUUCUAAGUCUGAGAGGGCCUCAAAGAGAACUGUUGACUCCAGUUCCCUCCAAAAGUGCUCUACUGAUGUAGAACCUAAUCACAGGAAAUCCAACACCCACUACAAGCCAGACAUCGGUGUUCGAUCCACUCGUUCCAGUCCACAUGCCCUCUCUCAAACAUCGGACAAACGUCUCCAGAAAAGUAGCUAUAGUGAAUCUGAGGUAGCUCACAAAGGGAAGUCUCAGUCACAGGGCUCUGACCGCUCUUCUGGCUCUGAAGGGGCAUGGACAUCUUCCACCAGUAAAUCAGACUCUAAGCAAAUGUCUGCCACCAUGUCAUCCGUGAAAACUAAUAGACAAUCAAAGGACACAUUUCACAGUCCCAAUAAGGUACAAACCCCUUCUGAUGCUCACCCUCAGAGCAAAAAUGACAAAGCAGGAGCAGAUUCCCAUCUAGCAGACACUUGCCAAAGGGAGGAUGUUGGCAACAUGAAUGACAUCACAUCCCAAGAUAAAGGCUUACAAAAACCAACUCUGUCGUUACCGUCACAUUGUGAUCCAACUGACAGAUUGCAAGAACCAGCGUUGGAUCUAGUUAAUGAGAAGAUCCAUCAUUGCAUUGAGGUUCAGAAUGACUCGGCAGCAACUCUACCGAACAACUCUAGUGGAGACCAAUUAUGUGAAAAAUUUGCCUUAGGGGACAUUGACAAUGUUAAUAAAAGCCUUUGCUCUGAACAAACGAAAGAUGCACAGUGUGUAGACCCCCAAAUAGAAUCCACUGAGAAGUGGAUUGAUGUAACCAACUCUAGCUUUUCCUGCAGUAAUGACAGAGUAAUACCCAGCCAGGAUAAGACUGUUUUUCAAGAUUUAGUUGGGUCAAAGUCAUUACCAUCUACAGUAGAUGUGUCUAUCAGAGACUACCUAAGCAGAACACUAAACCAGAAAAUACUGUGUGUUCUAGUAGAAAUGUGUAUCAACAUGAAGUCUUGCAAAAACCUCCCUCUCAAAUCUGAACCAUCUAGUCCUGAACCUCAGUUUUCCAACCAGACUGAACAACAGAACUCUAGUUUAAGGAAAAACAGAGGGAAAACAAAACAAUCACGUUGGGAUAUUGUUGGACAAGACACCUCAGACAGUGAUAAUCCUCAGAAAUUGUCUUCCCAAGAAAGUAAACCUGCUGUGAAAAAGGUCAUCUCUGUCAAGAGAAUUGAGUUUUCUCAAGACGUCAGCCAGGAAGAUCCGUCUCUGAAGGGUCAACUGAAAUGGGAAGCUGAGUUGCAUUCCAAGACGAUUAAGCAAGAAAUUAUCACACAAGAACACAGCUCAGCACCAAUAACUUUUGGGAACGACCAAUCAGAGUCCGCAAACCCAACUGCACAACCAGGCACCUGUGAAACCAGCAGUGACCAUUUAGACAUCAAACCCCACGUCAGCCAAAUGGAUGGAGAUCCCUCACUUUUAAAUAAUACCUCACAUGUAGACCGAGCUAGAAGGGAGCAGUGUAGGAAUGACGAUGGUAAUGAAGAGAAACCUAAAGAUGGCCCUCACAAGAGCAAACCGCUGACGACACUAGUGUCGAGCCAGGACGCUGUAGGCCAAAGCGAGGACAGUGACACUGACGAUUCAGAGUCGGAUUCAGACUGCGGUGUUGCCGUGAAACGGAUGCACUCUGUGGUGGUUGUACCAAAGAAUUCCACCCUGACUCACUCGGACACAACAGACAAGCCUGCGUCUCCCUGCACUCCAAGCACUAGCCCAGGACGUCAACAACACGCUAACAGGGCCAGUGGCCAAGAGGGUGAUCUGGACAGGAAUGAGAUCCCAAGCAGAGUAAGCCCUCAGCAGAGACAUAGAGGCUUUCCCGCCAUGUGUGAGAGCACUAGGCAGGCCAGUAAUCCUUGUGUUGAUGGAAGUCUCUCUGCACAUGACAUCAUGAUAUAUCAAUCGCAGAGCAACAUGGUCGAUAGCACCAGCCAGCUCGAGGGCUCCAACGCCACCGAUGCCCAGCCUUCUAAGGAUCCUUAUAGCAGUGCCCGUGAGAGACCAAAGAUUGGUGAUGCAACGGUGAGCCAGAUUGCUGCCCAUAGCCUUGAGAACUCCUUCAGGCAGUCUGACACAGGGCAUCCACAGCAUUAUGGAAGUGGCAGGGGUGGCAGGAUGCUUUCCCGUUACCAACAUGGAGACUUUGCUAGCUCUGAUGACUUCAACAGCAGUCUGGGCUGGGACUUCACACAGUCGGAGCAGCCCAGCAGUACGUACCAGCAGCCUGACAGCAGCUAUGGGGCAUCCCAACAGCAUCCUAACACACAACAGCCAGGGAACUCUUCUUUGGGGAAGGUGUACAGGACAAACAAUGGGGCCUACUGGACCCAACUACCAACUACGACUCAACCCACCUGCAGACCGGUCUACCUCCAUGUGCCUGCAACACAUUAUCAGGAGCCUGUUGGUCAAGUCCAUCCUGACUCCUUGACUAAUGACUGUGAUGAGGACAGUGAAGGGAAACCAGCAGGCCUUAGUAGACUAGAUGUUGAAUGCAAUGGUCCCAAGCUUCCAGGCUCGCUAGCCUUUGUACAAGCCCAUGAAAUAAGUAGCAACUGUAGAGGCUCUGUCAACGCGACUCCAGAGAAUAUUUCCAUAGUUGAACCCCCCAGAGACAAGGACAACUCAAGGCCCCACAGAGGCAGGGGUCCUCCCAAGAAAAGGCGUCCAGAAAUGGAGUCCGAUUCGGACAGCGAGGCAGAACCUGUGCUGGCUAGCAAAAGGGAGCGACUGGCAGAGAGGGAGCUCCCCAAGGUCUCCAAAGAAUCCAGGGAGAUUCCAGGUCAGGCUGAGGUGCAACGCCCUUUGCUCAGUCUGAGGGACUUCCGGGACGCCAGCAACUGGAGGGAGAUGGCAAGGUCUAAGAAGAUGCCACCAUACUUUGACCUGAUUGAGGAAAACCUGUAUCUGACUGAACGGAAGAAGAACAAGUCUCACCGAGACAUCAAGCGAAUGCAGUGUGAGUGCUCUAUGCUCUCGAGGGAGGAGAGGUCUCGUGGAAUGAUGGCUUGUGGGGAGGACUGCCUUAACCGUCUGCUGAUGAUCGAGUGCUCGUCACGCUGCCUGAAUGAAGGCUACUGCUCCAACCGGCGCUUCCAGAUGAAACUGCAUGCAGACUUUGAGGUCAUCCUGACUGAAGAUAAGGGCUGGGGACUGAGGGCGGCCAGGGACCUGAUACCAAACACUUUUGUGCUGGAGUACUGCGGAGAGGUGUUGGACCACAAGGAGUUCAAGACACGGGUGAAAAAAUACGCUAGCAUGAAGAACAUCCACUACUAUUUCAUGGCCUUGAAGAAUAACGAGAUCAUAGAUGCCACACUGAAGGGGAACUGCUCUCGCUUCAUGAACCACAGCUGUGAGCCCAACUGUGAGACCCAGAAGUGGACUGUGAACGGCCAGCUGAGAGUUGGGUUCUUCACCUCCAAGACCGUCACAGCUGGUACAGAGCUUACCUUCGAUUACCAGUUCCAGAGAUAUGGGAAAGAGGCCCAGAAGUGCUUCUGUGGGGCUCCCAGCUGCCGAGGCUUCCUGGGCGGGGAGAACAGGGUCAGUGUAAGAGCAGCGGCAGGGAAGAUGAAGAAAGAGCGCCCUCGCAAGAAGGACACCUCCGUGAGCAAUGCACUCACUACGGUGAGUGUGUGGGUCAGGUUUGGUAAUGGCACUCCCCCCAAGAGUCCCAGGUUGUUAUAUUGUGUGGAGGAUGUAUUGUAUUGGGGAUGUCUGUGUACUGUGUUAUUGUGUGGAGGGUUUCUCUACCAUAAUGUUGACUUGGUGGUUGUGUAUGAACAGGAUACCCAGAGCCCAUCCUGUCUGAAGCAGUUCCUGGACCAUCACGGUCUGUCUCUACUGUGGAUCUUCAUGGUGGAGCUCUCUGAAGCCAAGGGCAACAGUGUCAACAACAUCAAACUGCAGUUUCAGAUCAUGAAGACCCUGUCAGCGCUGCCUAUCUCCACUAAGAACAUGUUGGAGGAGAGUCAUGUCCUGAGCCUCAUCCAGCGCUGGGCCCAAACACACUCCCUCCCCCAGGCCCCCGGGGCCGAACAGGACGGCUACUCCAGUGAGAACAUGUCUCGCGCCCAGACCCCUCUCAACACUCCCGACGGCUCCUCUGCUUCCGUCGCCAAACUGGGCCCUGAGUUGGACAGCGACACUCCCAAACGGGCUGUUUACCGUCGCCUCAAGAUCAGCGAGAACAGCCUGGACAGCGCCAUGUCGGACGCCAGCAAGGCCUCGGACGGUAAGGAGGAGGAAGAGGAGGAUGAAGAGGAGAUGGAGGAAGAGGAGGUCUCGCGAUCUGAGCCUCCAGUGGAGAGCAGCAAACGGUCCAAGACAGAGCUGGUGGUUGAGGUCCAGGCUCAGACUCCCACAAAGGAUGAGCUGACAGAAGAGCCAGUCACAGAGCUGGUGGUUGAGGUCCAGGCUCAGACUCUCACAACGGAGGAGCUGACAGAAGAGCCAGUCACAGAGCUGGUGGUUGAGGUCCAGGCUCAGACUCCCACAACGGAGGAGCUGCCAGAAGAGCCAGUCACAGAGCUGGUGGUUGAGGUCCAGGCUCAGACUCUCACAACGGAGGAGCUGCCAGAAGAGCCAGUCACAGAGCUGGUGGUUGAGGUCCAGGCACAGACUCUCACAACGGAGGAGCUGACAGUAGAGCCAGUCACAGAGCUGAAGGAGACACCAGAGGAGGUGGUGGAGACCAUGGAGAUCACAGAACCCCAAGCGGAGAGCCAAGACGCUACAGAUCAGGAGGAGGUGAAUGAGAAGGGCGGUGACGAGGAGGUGAAAGACGAGUGGAGUGAGGGACAGAAGGAGAACAGGGAGGAGGAGGAGCAGCAGCAGGCAAGUCGGUCAGUCGAGGAGAGGGAGGUUGUGGCAGGAGAGCAGGCCAACGUGGAGGUCCAGGAAUCAUCACAUAUUCAGACGGAAGUUACUGAGACCCCUUCAGCGGAGCAGCCUGCCGAGGAGAAGGAAGAGGAGACCACCACAGCAGAGACUGGGACUGGAGAUACAGAAAAGGCUCCAGGCAGCCAGGAACAUCUAGGCCAGGUGGCCCCCGAGGGUCCCCCGGAGGUGGCCCCUGGCACUGAGGACCCUGCCCAGGUAGUGACCCCUGCCUCAGAGGCCCCUCCACCUCCCUCUCCAGUGGUCCCCGUGGAGCCUGCAGCGGUGGGGACGCCCUCGCAGGAUGAGGAGGAGGGUGUGUCUGAUGUAGAGAGCGAGAGGAGCCAGGAAGCCCUGCUCAGUGCUGUGGAUAUAGGAGACAUGGCUGCUAGGCUGCUGGACAGCUGGAAGGACCUGAAGGAGGUGUACAGGAUCCCCAAGAAGAGCCAGGUGGAGAAAGAGAUACACGAUCGUAGUCGAGACCGAGACGCUGCCCCGGCUCGCACCCCCUCCGGCAGCCGAGAACGUGAGAGGGAACGUGAGAGGGAGCGGGACAGGGACAGGGAGAGGGACAGGGAACGAGAUCGAGAACGAGAACGGGACAGGGAACGUGACCGGGAGAGAGAGAGAGAAAGGGACAGGGAUUGGGAGAGAGACCGGGAGAGAGAUAGAGAGAGAGACUGGGACAGAGACUCUGAGAAGACACCCCGCAGCACAGAGAGACGUCGGCGACGUGCCUCCACCUCCCCACCGCCCUCAGCAUACGAGAGGAGCAGCAGGAGACAGGAGGACCGGUUUGACCUGGCUAACAGCAGUAAGAAGACCCGUUCCAUCACCAAGGAACGCACCAAGCUGUCCACAGAGGAGCGCAGGAAGCUGUUUGAGCAGGAGGUGGCCCAGCGCGAGGUCCAGAAACAACAACAGUUACAACAACAUCAACAACAACAGUUACAUCAACAACAACAGUUACAACAACAUCAACUACAACAACAUCAACAACAACAUCAACAACAUCAACAGUUACAACAACAUCAACAGCGGCAGCAGCAACUCCAGACUCUAGCCUACGAUGCAGCCCUGACCUACAAUGCCAGCCCAGCUGGCUUCAUCCACUACCCCCCCGGCUACCCCCUCCAGACCUACGUGGACCCCAUCAACCCCAACGCAGGCAAGGUGCUGCUGCCUACCCCUCCCGUGGAGCCCCUGGUCCCAGCCACUCUGGUCUUGGAGCAGACCCCUCCCCAGGCUCUGAUCACCGAGCUGGGCAUGACCUCUCCCUCCUCUACCUCCCAGCCCCCUCCAGUCUCCAACCUCUCCAGCAUCUCCCAACACAUCCACCAACCCACUACGCCUCUGGAGCUCCACCCCGGCACCGCCCAGCAGUAUGCCCAGCAGCCCAGCGUGGCGGGCCAGGACCCGGGUGUAGGCGUGCUGUCAGCCGUGUCAGUGCCCCCUCAGGUGUCGGCGGGCCAGGGGAGUUACGCCACGCUGUGGGACCCUACCACCCAGCAGGCUGUGACGGUACAGACCCAGGUAGCACCACAGUACCAGGUUGUCCCAGCACCACCUCCCACCCAGACAGCCAUCUACUACCAGGGCCAGCCCUGUCAGACCAUCUACAGUAUCCCCACGGCCUAUCCACAGGCUAACACACCUGUCCUGCAGGCCUACGCUGAUCCGGCUGCCAACUACCUCCAUGGUCAGCCGGUGUACACAGGUCACCAGCAAGGAGUGGUGGUUCAGCAGGGGGGUACGGUCACUACCAUCGUCACCUCACAGACUGUCCAGCAGGAGAUGCCCAACACUCUGUUAGUCCCCAACAGUAUGAUAGACCUGCCCCCUCCCUCUCCUCCCAAACCCAAAACCAUUGUCCUGCCCCCCAGCUGGAAGGUAGCACGGGACGGAGAGGGAAAGAUCUACUAUUAUCACGUCAUCACCAGGCAGACUCAGUGGGAUCCUCCCAGCAGCUGGGACGGGGUCAGUGAAGACUCUCACAGUUUAGACCACGAGGCUGAGAUGGACCUGGGGACGCCCACCUACGACGAGAACCCCUCCAAGUUCUCUACUAAGACAGCAGAGGCAGACACAUCCAGUGAGCUGGCCAAGAGGAGCAAGGAGACGUUCCGGAAAGAGAUGUCACAGUUCAUUGUGACCUGCUUGAAUCCGUUCCGGAAACCAGACUGCAAACUGGGACGCAUUGUCAACACCGAGGAUUUCAAACACCUUGCCAGAAAGCUAACUCACGGCGUGAUGAACAAGGAGCUGAAGUCCUGUAAGAACCCAGAGGACCUGGAGUGCAACGAGAACGUCAAGCACAAGACCAAGGAGUACAUCAAGAAAUACAUGCAGAAGUUCGGCAACAUCUACCGGCCCAAAGAGGACACUGAGCUGGACUAACACUGCGUCUGACUGGAGGAACAGAACGGGGAUCAAGACUUGAAAAUAUGAUUAGGCUACAGUUGUUUGGGGCCCACAAACGGUGAAAGGAGACACACUGAAACCCAGAUUAAAGUCAAGUCACGCUGGGAAACUGAACUGUGGAGGUGGGAUCACUCCAGACACAUAUUUAUGUUGACUAAGACUGUGUCUUAAACUGAUGCCUUGAAGGCUUGCCGCCGGGCCCACUGACUAAUGGGAGGGGACUAGUGGGAGGGGGAUGAGAAUCAUGACGAGGAGGGAGGUGUCUCCCAAGGGGCGGAGGCUCCAGGUGAAGUGUCCACAGAGAAGUGUGCGACACCUAGGCUGCGUCUCAACUAGCACCCUAUUCUCUGUGCCCUAUGUAGGGAAUAGGGUGCUGUUUGGCACUCAGACCCAGAGAGGGGUGCUACAUUGACCUAUAGUGUCACUAUCAUGUUAGCUUUCUACAUUUUUUUUCCAGUUUAACUUUCUUACCUAACUAACAAUGUUUUCAAAUCUUAUCUACAUAUUCUCUCUAGAACUCUUCCUCCCCUGUCUGAAAAGGAUUCAUGAAAGAGUCAGACAUACCAUUUUAAAUUGCUCUUCAAUGUUUUUCCACUGUUGGGAUGUUGCUGUAUGAAGUCCAGCAGUGGCAAUUAACCGGUCAAAAUGGAUCUGUGUAAAGAAAGACAAAAUCGCUGUUUGUCCAUAUGACUGGCUUUCCCCUGGUGCGCCCGCCCGCCACACCCCCAAGCCAGCCAUUGACUCGACUAGGGUAUCUGGUGCCCUCCCUGCCUUCAGACCACAAUCCUCCGGAGCCUCUGUUGUUAUAUGAAUGCCUGAUGGAGGCUGGGUUCGGUUCGGAUGGAGGCUGGGUUCGGUUCGGAUGGAGGCUGGGUUCGGUUCUAUCGUGCUGACUGGUGUACUUAUGGGAAUUCCUCCAUGGCUGCUUACCAAAUAGCACCCUAUUCCCUAAAAAGAGCACUAAUUUAGACCAGGGCCCAUAGGGGAAUCCCAGAGUGCACGACUUUAGAUGAGAGCUCUAUGUAGGGAAUAGUGUUCAUUUGGGACAUAGUCCAUGUUCCAAUGCUCCUUCCCUGAGUACAUUUUUUUUUUAUAUACAAAAAUUGAAGAAUGAACUUUAUUAUGAAGCUUGUUCUCUUCAGUGGGUCAGACAGACAGACAGUUCAAGAGGACUUGGUGGUGAAUAAGGAACAGCAGGGGACGGGGUUACUGAUCAAUGUUUUUGUCUUUAAUUAACUUGUACUAUGAAGUGAACAGGAUUUGGAUGCUAUCAGACACAUGAUGCUUAUGUGUCAGUCAGUCUGUCCCCCGUUCUGUUUCGACCCCCCUCCUCCACAAUGGGGUGUGGCGUGGUCAUUUUAACUCUUUUUUUACUAUUAUAAUUCCUUUAGACGGGCAUCAGAGGUGCCUGUGCUUUCGUCUUGUUGCUACACAAGCUGUUUUACUCCUUAGUCUCCGGGGUAACAAGGUUUGUGUCCUGUCGUCAGGGUUACCGGUUCAUAGGCUUGGGGUCGUUAAUCCUUUAGGUAACUCUCACACCACCAUUUAAAUUGCAUUAAAACCAUGUUCAAACACACAUGUAUUAUAGUGCUUUAUAUGUGAAUAUAUUGAGAAAUAGUUUGAGAAUGUUUAGGUAAGCAGAGUCUUUGUGAAAGGAUGGACUGUUGGUCUGUGAUAUAACCUGUCAAUAGCCUGGAGUCAGUAUACCAAACACAGGUGAAUGAAGAGGGGAGGGGGGGUCGAAGUGAGUACCCCUGUCUGCUCCAGCAGCUCAAAUCAACACCUCCUUCCUCUGUAAACUAAAGCCAGGAUUCCACCGAUUCACAGCCUCUUGUUUGAAUUUUAUUUUAUUUUGGUGGUGGGGGUUGCAGCAUUUUUCUGUUUGUUUUGAGACUUUUUUUUGUAUGUACAGAGUUUCACCCCAACUCUACUGUAAGUACUGUGCAAGCACAUUGUCAUACUGAGUGUACAAACAUUUUAAAAGAAAAAUAAAGUUUUUGUAAAAAUGUG